AUGGCGAGCUCGCAGGCAAUAACGCUCUCUCUUGUCCGAUUUCUCCAACGACGCAUUAUUGCCGGAUGAUCUGGCUUUUCUGUGGUGCCAUCCCCGCUCUAAAAAUAUUUUCUUUAAAAAAGGAAAGAUACCUUCUGGGAGUGGUACCCCGUGUUCAUUGACACCGACGAGUGAACAUAAAGAAAAACCCGUAAGCUUAAAGCGAAUUCAUGUGCUGAGCGCUUUCGCCGAGUGAUAUAUAUUAAACCAGAGUUGCUGCUCAACCCGCUGAGAUCCUCCAGCAGACUGUUUGUUGCUUCGGGUGACAAGGAGCACGAGUACUGACCAUUUAAAAGAAUUGAGCCCAUGGGAUCGGAGCGGAUGGAGAUGCGUAAGCGGCAGACAUCGGUGCAGCAGGAGAUGCCGGGCUCUGCGCAGCCACAGCAGGGUGCUGGGAACCGGGGCUCCAAUGCCUGCUGUUUCUGCUGGUGCUGCUGCUGCAGCUGCUCAUGUCUUACUGUUAGGAAUGAAGAUGACGAACGAGCAAGAAGAAUGUCUCAGGAAGCUAGAGGAGAAAGCCUGCCAAACUGUGAAGAAAGUCCAAAGCCAACACUUGAAGAAGUGCAAUCCUGGGGACAGUCUUUUGACAAGUUAAUGAAAAGUCCUGCAGGAAGAAAUGCAUUCCGAGAAUUUUUACGAACAGAGUAUAGUGAGGAGAAUAUGUUGUUCUGGCUGGCCUGUGAGGACCUUAAGAAAGAAGUCAACAAAAACCUUGUUGAGGAGAAAGCAAGAUUAAUAUAUGAGGAUUAUAUAUCCAUCCUUUCACCGAAAGAGGUCAGCCUUGAUUCCAGAGUCCGCGAGGUCAUCAACAGAAACAUGCUUGAACCUACCCCUCAUACAUUUGAUGAUGCACAGCUUCAGAUUUACACACUAAUGCACAGAGACUCUUAUCCAAGAUUUAUGAACUCUGCUGUCUACAAAACCCUGCUUCAAUCUUUAACUGAUACAUCAUCAGAACCUUAAGCCUUCCCAACUUUGUUUCUGAAAAUAAAAGUUUGAAAUGUCUGUGGGCUAUUAUUACUCACAGGGACACUGGAGCUAUUUGAUCUUCACCAGAAAGUAAUACUCAGGCAAAUUUUACUAAGGAUUUUAAUGUCUAUCUGCAGAGGGCUCUGAACACAGGCCAAAACACAGCUUCAGAUCAACACAGCAAGAUUCUCCAAAGGAUGACUGAUGAAAUGUUAGUCGUUUUAAAAGCCUGUAGUUGUAUUUUUUACAUGAAAUACUAAUAAGAUGUACUCGAAGACAAGAGUUUGUUAGCGGAAGUGCCUUGAUGUUCCUCUAAUGACAUCCUCACCUGAGCUACAUAUACCACAAUACGGUUCAAAAGUCUCCUACCAUUGCACAUUAUGAUAAUGAUGCCACAGCCACACUGGGCGGUACUUCCACUUGUCUUGGAGUAUAUAUACUUGAUAAAUGUAAACAUAAUGCUGAUGGAAACAAAAUGGAUCAACUUCAAGUAUCUAAGCCAAUGGUUUGGAAAAAUACUGAAAUACUGCCUAUAAAACAUGGUUUGUUGUAAGACGUCUGUUAUUUUACUAUCAGAGUUUUGCUUAAAAUGCAAUUUUUUUUAGUUAUGAUUUGUGAAUAUUUAUAAAACUUAAUUUCAAAGAAUUUAUCACUUGUUUUAUUUUGCAAAUGGAAAACGGACAA